AUGCACAAUCGCACUCGUUCACAACUAAAUUUGCAAGAACGUCAUAUCUCUGAUUUAUUAUAUUAUACUCCCUUUCGAACACGCAGUAGUCUUCAAUUAGUUCGUGAAAAGACAAAAUCUUAUUCAUCAUCUCAACCGACUUUAUUAACAACUAUGUCAACACCUCAACCAACAUCAGAAUUAGUUGAAGAACAAAAAACUUGUGAUCGUAUGGUUCAGUUGAAAAUUAAGUCAAAUUUACAAUUAUCAAGAGAGAAAGAAAAGAUGGCUUUACAAUCUAUCAAUAAAUUAACUGAAGAAGAAAUGGUUCACAUCGACCAAUGGUUACCUGUUUUACAUAAAACAUACGAAGAAUUGGAAUAUCCGUCAUCACAUCGUGUAUUUCAAGCAACUACAUAUUUUAAUGAUGAAUAA